AUGGUCGCCCUCCAGGUCUUCACCCUCUUCGGCCUCCUUCCCGCCCUCGCACUUGGCGCCUUUGAGGGACGCCACGUCCAGCCCCACGUGGCUGCCGUGCGCCGCUCGCGCGUCCAGCCCCGCUCUCCCGCCGGCGUUGUCCCGGUUCCUGCCCGUCGCGCCGCCGGUGCCGGCAAGCGUGGAGGUGCUGGCUCGUGCCGCGUACGCCCUACCCCUGCCCACAACGAGGCCGAUGCCGCAUCCACCGUCGUCGCCGCGGCCGAUGAUGAGAACGCGGAGGCUCCGGUCGAACAGCCAAUUGAGCAGCCGACUGAGCAGCCCGCCGAGCAGCCAACUGAGCAGCCAGCCGAGCCUACCCCCCAGCCCGAGCAGCCUGCUGCCUCUCCCUCUCAGGAGCCUCAACCUUCCCCCACUCCCGAGGCCCCUCCUGCCGAGGAGAAGAUUGACCCCGCUUUCACUACUACAAUGCUUGCGCACAGCAACAACGGCCUCCUGAAGAUCGACGGCACCUGCGGCCCCUGCCCGUCGACGCCCAACGAGCCUAACGGUGCCCAGUGGUGGCUUGACUGCGGCCUCGACGAUGGCGGCUGGGCUCCGCCCCACAUCACCCUCGACCAGGUUGUCUACACGGACCUGACCGGCGAAGGCAUCUUUGCUCCCUGCACCCAGUUCUUCGACCAGUUCUACCGCUACGGUGGCGAGUUUGGCAUUCCUCCCAUCAUGCUCGCCGCGAUCGCACUUCAGGAGUCGACGUGUCGCCCUUGGCUCGUCGGUGGUAUCGGCGAGCAGGGCCUCAUGCAGCUCCUCGGUGUCAAUUGCGACGGUGCGCCUGGUGGCAACUGCCAGGACGUCGACUUCAACAUUCGCCGUGGCGCCGAGUACCUUCGCGGCCGCAUCGACGCUCAUGGCGGCAGUCUCCUCGCCGGUCUCGGUGCCUACAAUGGCUGGCGCGUCGGCAUCACCGCCGGCGAGGUCUACCAGAUGAAGAACGACGGUCGCUGCUGGGCCCAGCCCAACCUCGACUACAUGCACCAGAUGCUCAACGGCUGGCUCCAGGGCAAGGCCGGUUACGAGCUGGGCAAGUGGUUCAACCGCAACGACUGCUAA